AUGGAUAUGAGUUGGAUAUCAUUUUUCGGUUGGAUAUUAUUACCACAAGUUGGUGGUAUUCUAGGUGGACUUGCAACAGCAAAACAAAUCAAAACGUGGUACGAAAAACUUCUAAAACCAUCUUGGCGUCCACCAAAUGCAGUAUUCGGUCCUGUUUGGACAAUACUCUAUCUCUUUAUGGGCAUUGCUUCUUAUUUAGUUGUUCGUGAUGGUCAAGGAUCAUUUAAAACACUUGCAUUAACGUUUUAUUUCAUACAAUUAUUUCUUAAUUGGUCAUGGUCACCAGUCUUUUUUAUUCUUCAUCAAUUAGGAGCUGCUGUUGUUAUCAUACUUAUUUUAUUCAUAAACAUCUUUAUUUGUAUAUUACAAUUUUGGCGAAUUAAUCCUUAUGCUGGAAUGCUUUUAGUACCUUAUCUUAUUUGGGUUGGAUUUGCUUCGGCAUUGACUAUAUCAAUAUGGCAACUCAAUUCACCUUAUGCCCAACCACCACCUCGCCGACCACGACCUGUAUCAGAUUCAUAUCAGCAAUGA